AUCUAUCAAUGGAAACAACCUGGAAGGCUACCUGCCCAAGGGUUGGUCCACUCUGAUCAAUCUGCAGGAGCUAUAUUAAGUGCCAACCGCCUCCAAGGAACAAUUCCGGCAACAUUCUCGGCACUUACAGCCCUCGUUUCUAUAGACCUGUCAUGGAAUUCACUCUCUGGUUCAAUACCGUCUGCAUUCACCACCAACAUCGAGACACUAUUGCUCGACCACAAUGCCUUCAGUGGGCCCAUCUCACCACACCUGGCGAUUCCCAGCCUUGUUGAACUUAAACUGUCCGACAACCUGUUCACAGGAGGCAUCUCCAACACCUUCACGAGGCUCACUGGCAUGACUACUCUGGACGUUGGCAGUAACAGUCUCAGCUCAGGGCUUCAUGUGGUGGCGCAGAUGACAGGGCUCUCACAAAUACUCCUCAGAACCAACAACUUUUCGGGUGUGCUUCCAGCGUCCUUGACAGCAAUCAAGGAACUUUCAGCUCUGUUCAUUAAUGAUAACCACUUCACCGGAACGUUUUCCAGUGCCAUCCUGCACCACAAGAGCCUUCAAUUCCUGGACAUGAGCAACAACAGCUUCACUGGGACCAUCCCCGGCGAAUUGACCAACCUUGUCAAUCUGCAGGGCAUUAAUCUUAAUGACAACAAUUUCCAUGGAGCUAUCCCAUCGGGCCUGUUUCAGCUAUCCAUGAUUUACUCACUGGAAGUAGCCAACAACUUCCUUUCUGGAGGCCUUCCACAUACCCUCAGCGCCCCCCCCUCCUUACUCACACUAAGCCUGGCAGGAAAUGGCUUCACGGGCUCCUUACCAGACUUCUCACGCUGGAAUGUCAGCUGCAUACAGAUAGCCCUCAAUCACAACAACUUCACGGGGUCUAUUCCCGAUUCGAUCUCCACCCUCACCUCCCUCAAAGCCAUUACCCUUAACAACAACCAACUCACGGGAAGCAUCCCAACCGCCAUCUUCAGCAUGACGAAUCUCAAGUACCUCUACAUGGCCAACAACCAGCUGAGCGGCACUCUGCCAGCCGACAUCAGCAGACUGGAGCAGCUCGAACAGAUCUGGCUGGACAACAACAACAUCGAGGGCCCUCUGCCAUCCACCCUGUGCUCGCUUCCGUGGCUGUGGCGCAUCAUGAUGAGCAAUAACUACCUCUACGGGCCACUUCCAGACUGCCUCUUUGACAAGUGUGUCAACCAAAUCGAUUUGAGCGGAAACAGCCUGUACGGGCGCAUCAACCGCAACUUCAGGAACAUGGUGGCGGAUGGCGACGCGCUCAUCAACUUGGCUCACAACUUCUUCUUCGGGGAUGCCGUGCUCUUUGCUGCCGGCUGCCAGGUCUGCCCCACCGAGAUCACCGACCCCAACAACCUGGACAUGGGGGACACGUUUGAUGUGCUGGCCGGCAAGUGCAACAACCUUGCAGCUACCAGUAGCCACUAUUUCUCGGUGGCAGGGGCAGGCAAGGAGGCGAGGGUGAGUCUGUUGGGGAACUGCCUGACGCUGAGUCCGGAUGGGGAGUGUUCGUCCAACGCCACCCAGCGCAGCACGGCAGCCUGCCAGGCGUUCUGCAGCAUCACUGACAACGGCCCGUGUGACGGCCAUGGGGCGUGUGUGCCACCUGCACCUGCCUCCCCCUCCAACUUCACGUGCCUCUGCCAUGCCGGCUACUCCACCCUUGACGCGGGAAACGGCUCCACAUGUGCCAUCGUCAACUCCACCACCACCACUCUGUCCUCCUUGUCCACGGGUGCCAUAGCGGGUAUUGCUGUCGGCUGCUUUGCUGGCUUUACUGUGCUGGCUGCUGUUGUCGCUUGGCUGCUGUGGCCCCGCGGACAGAAGAAGUGGGAGGGGCUGGAUGUGUGCGAGCAGUUUUCUCUGGAGCAGAUGGUGCGAGCCAUGGCGUCUCUCCACCACUCGCAUCUCGUGCGCCUGCUGGGCUUCUGCCUGGAUCAGAACGUGGAGACGGGCAAGCAGGAGCAGAUCCUGGUGUACGAGUUCGUGGGCAACAGGGACCUGGACUACCACAUCCACGCAACCAAGAUGGAAAGCCACCUCAGUUCCCUUUCUCUGCUGCCUUCCACCACCUUUGCCCACUAUCACUCUCCUUGGCAACGCCUCUCUUCUCUAUCAUCCUUCCUUGCAUGGACGCCUCUCCAAUCUAUCAUCUCUCCCUUCCUGGACGCCCGCCAGGCAAGACAGAAGAUCGAGGUAUUUGAACUGGAUGAGGUCAAGGACAGCAAGAUGCCGGCAGUGAGCGAGGAGGCCAUAGUGGAGUUUGCAGACCUGGCUCUGGACUGCAUGAAGUCGCCAGGCACAAGGCGACCCGCCAUGACAGAGGUGGCGUAUCGCCUCACUGCUCUCAUUGCCAAGCACUGCCCGGACAAGGAGGACGAGUGGGAGAGUGUCGGGAACGAAGAAGGCUCGAGCACCGGAGGUCUGCCAGAGACAAAUGUCUCAGCUGUGUCGUAUGGUGGAAGGGAUUCUCGCAUGUCUUCUGACUCACACCCUAGUGCGAGCUCAUACAUGAGCAUUGGCUCGAUAGCUGAUGGCGUCAGGAGCUGGCUGCAUCUCAAGCCCACCAGCGGGUACUAA